AACACCAAGGUCGAGUGCCACUACACCCUGCCCCCCAGCAUGAAGCCGUCUGCCCGCGACUGGAUUGGGAUCUUCAAGGUGGAGGCCUCGUCGGUGCGGGAUUACUACACCUUUGUGUGGUGCGCGGUGCCCGACGGGGGCGCAGAGGGGGCGCCCGUCUAUUCCAGCGUCCAGUUCCAAGGUAGCCCCCCCUUCCAGUUCUGCGAGCCCCGCCCCAUGGACGAGCUGGUCACGCUGGAGGAGGACGAUGACGAGGGCCACACGGACAUGCUGCUGGUGCUGCCCAAGGCCACCCUGCUGCAGGGAGGCGGGGGGGAGGCCAUGGACGAGCUGGUCACGCUGGAGGAGGACGAUGACGAGGGCCACACGGACCUGCUGCUGGUGGUGCCCAAGGCCACCCUGCUGCAGUGGCAGAGCGUUUUUAACAGUUCUCCGCUGCCCCCCUGUGGCUGUGUUUGGGGGUGGGGCGCAGGAGCAGGGCGUAGCUGGUAUCUUCCAUCCCAUUCGUUAGUUCUGAUCCCCCCCCAUUUUCUCCCCGCCCUGCCCCCCCAGGCCCAGCUGGAAGCGCUGUGUGAGCAGCUCCGCUCCACCCAGGACCUCCUUGCCGCCAGCCAGCAGAAGGUGGUGCUGCUGGGGGGGCUCCGCCCACCUGACCCGGCCGCCUCCCCCUCCCCAGGCUCCCUGGACUCCCCGCUCUCGGACUCGGAGGAUGAGUCCCCCGAGGACAUGAGGAUCCACCCCCAGCUCAGCCCCUACAGCCUGUGCGACAACCGGGCCACCCCCAAGACUCCGCCCUGCCUGCGGGAACCCCUGCACAAGGUGGUGAUCAGCCAGCCCGCCCCCAUCACCUCGCAGAUCAAGCAGCCCACCGAGGACAACAGCUCGGACUCAGAGGCGGAGGACGAGAAGGCCGUGCUGAUGGCGGCCGUGCGGAGCGGAGGGGAGGAGGCCAGCCUGCUGCUGCCUGAGCUGGGCAGCGUCUUCCACCAGGAGGGCAGGGGGAGGAUGUUUCCCCCCAAACGACAGCUCCGGUCCCCGACGUCAGAGCAAUAA